AUGAACCAUCGCCAAAGCGAAGGCGCUCGAGAUCGCACGACUCGGGCGCUCACAGUGGUUUCGGUUCUCCUAUUUACACCACUUCGCAACGAGGUGCCAGUACUUCUGUCGGCACGUCGCAAGAAGAGCGGGACCGCAGUGUGUUGCGUCUCUCUCCCGAAAAGAAGGCAUGGCUGCCUCCAGAGUCAGUCAUGGAUCGCUUGUCGGCGACGACAAGUGAUCGCCAUCGAACACGAUUUUUCGAUUCGUCAAGGAUCCAUCACCUUGACCCCAGCGCGAAAGACUAUCGCGCUGAACAUGAGUUCUUCAUCGAUGCUUUCUUUAAGCAUCGAUGGUGCAGUGGGAACCACAAACGUGAUGGUCCCUCACUGCCUCAAGCGGAACGCUUACAUCCAUAACCUCGAGGAUGUGGGUCGUGACGCUUGGAACGACAAACUUAUCAAAGCUCGUGAUAAGUUUGAAAAGCGAACCCCGACAGGUCCACGCUACAAGCUGCAUCGUCUGUCAAGGGAGAAAGGAUUACCCUGCCUCUCUUGGGGAGACUCGUGCCCAUGUUGUGUGAACAACUCUGCACGAGCACCUAAGGAGGCUUACCUCCUUACCAGCCCGUGGUGGCGCGUACGUGUCUCUACUGAGAUGUACGAAGGGAUUGACAACCUGAAAUCCCUUUACGACCGUGCCAGGAAGACUUUCUCCGACGGUCCUUCUGCGACACAGGAUGUGCCGCGUCGUACUGCUCAACCAGACCCAGUACAUCAAUCAUCAAUUGGGAGCGGGGCUCCCAAGUAUCCCAGGACGGGGGAUAGCCGCGCCAACGAAAGAGGCAACUCGUCCGACGUCCGUUCACAUCGCGGUGGUUCAACAGCUGCUCAAUCAGAUAGCGCUGGCCACCGCGAGAGUCCUCAAAGGAGGUGGAGGAGGAGGGGAGACGCUCUCCAAGCUAUCGUGGGGGAGCGUUUGUCUUAG